AUGGAAAACACAACUUUAGUUCCAGACCUCCUGCUGCUGGAGGGGUUAAAGGUCACUCCUUAUUCGUCUGUCCCAGCCUUCGUCCUGCUGCUCCUCAUCUAUGUCUUUGUGAUGCUGGCCAACGUCGGCCUGGUGACCAUGAUCUCCCUGCAGAGGAGCCUCCACCAGCCCAUGUUCCUGCUGUUCUGCAACAUGGGCGCCAACGAUGUGCUUGGCGCCUCCACCAUCAUCCCCCCGGUGCUGAGCGCCGUCUUCACGCCGACCGCGCAGAGGUACAUCCGCUACAGCAGCUGCGUCCUGCAGGCUUUCUUCGGCCACUUCCACGCCAGCGUCGUCCACACCGUUCUCAUGAUCAUGGCCUUCGACCGCUACGUGGCCGUCUGCAAGCCGCUGCACUACGCCGCCAUCAUGACCAGCCGGAUGGUGGUGAAGCUGUCCGUGUCCGCCUGGGCGGUGUGCUUGGUGCUGGUGGUGGUGCUGGUGGGGCUCAGCGUCCGCCUGUCCCGCUGCCGGGCGGUCGUACUCAACCCGUUCUGCGACAACCCCUCGCUGUUCAAGCUGUCCUGCGAGAGCACCCUGGCCAACGACGUCUACGGCCUGGCCUACACCGUGGUCCUGCUGGGCUCGUCGCUCGGCAGCAUCACGCUCACCUACCUGCGGAUCGCCGUGGCGUGCCUAACCAGCCGCAGCAAGACAAACAGCGCCAGGGCGCUGCAGACAUGCAGCACUCACCUCGUCCUCUACCUCAUCACCUUCCUGUCGGGAGCCCUCAUCAUCGUUCUUCAUCGAUUCCCUAGCUUAUCGGACCAAAGGAAGAUGGCCUCCAUCCUGUUCCACGUUGUUCCUCCGGCGAUGAACGCCAUCAUCUACGGACUGCAGAUCAAAGCUGUCCGCCAGAGGAUUUUCAUCCUGUUUACCAAGAAUACAACUUCAAAUAUGAAGGGAUAAAAUGAAAACGUACCCUAAUGUAAACCGAAACACGAUCAUCUGUUAAUAUUCAGAAUAUAUUUAACUUUUACUCCUAAAUUUUUAUCUAACAGGUUUUUCAGAAUCUGUUCAUGAACUGAAUUUGAGUUUUAACUGCACUUGGGAACAAGAACUGCAGUUUAUCCAAACAUAUUUAUACUUUAGUGUUCAUUACUGUUUUAUUAAGUAUUAUGAACAAGUUCUCACAUACAGAAUACAGAUUUCAAAUUAUAAUUAUUGUUAUUUAUUAAACAAACCAUGAGGAGAACACACAGUUAUUGUGAAGCAGUUUUAUCUAGUAAAACUCUAACUUUAA